AUGACUAAUGAUGGGAAAAGAAAGCUCACCCAUAAAGAUUACACGGUCGCCUGGGUGGUCGUCCUUCAGGUUGAAUUGACGCCAGCCAGGAAGUUGCUAGACAAGGAGGAUGAGCCUCUCCCACGGAGCAAGAAGGAUGACAAUAACUAUGUCCUAGGUCAGAGCGGCGAGCAUAAUAUAGUCAUUACCAGGCCGUCUGUAUAUGGAACGAAUGCCACAGCGCAUGCAGUAGCCAAUAUGCUGCGCACAUUCCCAAAUGUACGAUUUGGCUUACUGGUAGGGAUUGGGGGAGGUGCUCCAAAGCCACCACGAAAGGAUCCUAAUAAGGACAUUCGCCUUGGGGAUGUUGUGGUAUCUUUUCCAAGAGGUGGCCAUGGCGGCGUAAUCCAAUACGACAUGGGAAGAUGGGAAGGGGAAUGUGAUUUUCAAAUUCAGUCCCAUCUGAACAGGCCUCCUGGCAUUCUGUUGAGCGCCAUAACAGGGCUAGGAUCCGAACAUGACCUUGAUAACGGCAGAAUGAAUGAGUAUAUCCGGAACGGCUGGUGGAAAUCUGUAACAUUCCCGGGUCGGGAUGAAGAUCGGCUUUUCAGAUCAGACUACCGACAUAUACCUGGAGAAGAUUGCGAAGCAUGCGAUCGCACAAUGACAAUAACCCGAAAUGCUCUGGAAAAGUCGCCACAGCAUCGAGACAAGCUGCGUGACAGGUGGGAUGUUGCCUGCUUCGAGAUGGAGGCUGCUGGACUGAUGAAUGACUUUCCAUGCCUGGUAAUCCGAGGUAUCAGCGACUAUUCUGAUAGCCACAAAAAUGAUGAAUGGCAGCCAUAUGCUGCUCUGACAGCCGCUGCAUACGCGAAGGAUCUUCUGAGAGUCAUUAAGGGCGAACAAGUUAUAGCUGAGCCGCCAGCGACGGAGAGGCUAAAUCGCCCCAAGCAAGAUAGUGAUUCUAGCUUAUCUGCUCAAGAUUUAGCACCCUUGGAUAACAGAUUGAAUGCUCUCGAAGAGCGCGUCCAGGCUUUGGACUCGAAACUUGAGGGUAUGGUGGACAAGCAUAAUAAUUCUGGACAGGUGAUAGAGCUCGAGUAUCGGAUCGAAGCACUUAGCACGAGGCUUGAUAUGAUAAAUAGUGAAGCAAACAGCACGCAACCGAAAAUCAAGCAACUGAACGAUCGUGUCUUAGAGUUGGAAAGGGGAAUAGCGAAGCCGACUGGCAAGUUGCCGGGAGGGACGAUGCACCCUAUGGAUCACAGUCGCGUAGGUGUCAGUGAGUAUGGGCUUGUGGGCCGCGUCGAGGCCGGGAGAGCUUCUGUAACCCGACAAAGAGGGGGAGGACCGACUCGAAUCCGUUUUCAACAACGUUUUGAUCACGUCCCACACGUUCAGAUUACCCCUGAGCGAGGUGGUGGAAAGCAUGAGAAUUUUUUGUUAUAUCUCUACAAUGACGGACGGCCCUGUGUUGAUUGUGAGGGGUUCGAUGUCGGCUGUUUUCUUCAUGUUGAACACACCGUUACCUUCACAUGGUUGGCCGUGGAGAUCGUUUGA